CCCGGAGGGGCGGCACAUAAUCCCCGACCGGCCCCGCUCGCAGCCGUGCCGGGUUCUGCUUCCCCGCGGUGUCCCGCAUCGUUCUUGCAGGACCAGGAUGCGGGCCCUGGUGGUUGCCGCUCUCCUUUUGCAGAGCAUCGCCGGCUCGGGCGCGUUCGCCGCACGGAGGAGGAAUGUGGACCCCGAAACCAACAUGAACAUCAGCGAAAUUAUCACCUUCAGGGGAUACCCUAGUGAGGAGUACGAAGUGACAACAGAAGAUGGGUAUAUCCUUUCCAUUAAUAGAAUUCCUUAUGGAAGAAAAGGCCAUGAGGGAGGCAAAGGUCCAAGGCCUGCUGUGUUUCUGCAGCAUGGUUUGCUUGCAGAUGCCAGCAACUGGAUCACAAAUUUGGAUUACAACAGCCUUGGCUUUAUGCUGGCAGACGCUGGCUAUGAUGUAUGGCUGGGAAACAGCAGAGGGAACACCUGGUCCAGGAAGCAUACACACUUCACAGUGAAACAAGAAGAAUUCUGGGUUUUCAGCUUUGAUGAAAUGGCUAAGUAUGACAUUCCAGCCUCAGUGGACUUCAUUUUGGCAAAAACUGGCCAGGAACAAGUAUUUUACAUUGGCCAUUCACAAGGCACCACAAUGGCUUUCGCUGCUUUUUCAACUUUGCCACAGCUGGCUAAGAAAAUCAAAAUGUUUUUUGCCUUGGCACCAGUAGCUACAGUCAAGUUUGCCACUAGCCCUCUGGUAAAACUGGGAGAGUUUCCUGACCUGCUACUCAAGGACAUGUUUGGAAAGAAGCAAUUCCUCCCGCAGAAUUCUGUGCUGAAGUGGCUUGCUACCCAUGUUUGCACCCACAGAAUUCUUGAUGAUCUUUGUGGCAACUUAUUCUUUCUUCUGUGUGGUUUUAAUGAGAGAAACUUGAAUAUGAGCCGAGUGGAUGUGUAUUCGACACAUUGCCCUGCAGGAACGUCUGUCCAAAACAUGAUCCACUGGAGCCAGGCUGUGAAAACUGGGGAACUCAAAGCUUAUGACUGGGGAAGCAAGGCUGCAAAUAUGGCUCACUACAACCAGUCUACUCCCCCUUUCUACAAAAUAAAAGAGAUGACUGUACCGACUGCGGUGUGGACUGGUGGACAGGACUGGCUGGCAGACCCAAAGGAUGUUGCUAUGCUGCUCACUCAGAUCACAAAUUUGGCUUACCACAAAAACAUUCCAGAAUGGGAACAUUUGGAUUUCAUCUGGGGCCUUGAUGCACCUUACCGCAUGUAUAAUGAAAUAAUUAACAUGAUUAGGAAGUAUCUCUAAACUGACAUGCUAUUUCAGAGUAUUACUUCACUAAGAAUUUGUCUUUUUUUUUUUGGAAAAUACACUCUUCUGGCAAUAAUGUUGCAUUGUUUAGUAUGAUGCAUUUUUAAAAUGCCAGCAACGAAAAGUGAAUUAGAUUCAUAUUUGGUUGGGUUUUUUUCAGUAUUAUUUCUCUCUCCUCAUCAUAUUCUGCUGAUUUUGCACACAGUGGCAUGGUACUCAAAACACAGCAGUAGGACUUAGCACAAAAGGAGUAUGUCACGUGCACAUAAAUUUAGUGACGUGUCUGAAAGACAAGUUAGUCCAUUCCGCACGUCAGCUGCUUGAAAAUUAAAACAAUAAGUAUUUCACUGUGCAUAAAACACUGCCAUUUCUCAGUACCUUUCACAAGUACUCUGUGUACUGCAGUGACCCAUUUGGUGCUGGCACUUUACAAAGCACUUAGUGACUUUUGGCUGUGUUAUUAUUUUAGCCAUCACAUAAAAGCUAGCUACAUCAGAUUACUUUCUUUUUCAAUACUGCCCAGAAGAACUGUCAUGAAGCCAGAGAUGACCACUGUCUGUUAAAAUGUCCUAUUUUGGGACUGAUUCAUUGCUGCAUUUUCUUGAUUUAAUGGUGUCCCUGAAGCCUUUCAUGUUUCACGUACCAGCUAUGGAUACAGGUUAUUAUUUGCCCUCACAGAUUCCUGGAACAAGAGUAGUGGUUCAAAGAAAACCACUUUCAGUUAACUUUGUCAAUAGGUUAUGGCUUUCAAGGGAAUGACGUAACAUAUACUUGCAUUUUGCACUGACCACUAACUAGAAAACAAGCUCUCCCAGUAAACUACUGGUGGGAGAAGAGCCAAAGCAUUAAUUCUACAGCUUGAGUGGACUUUCCCCUUUAAUCAUGUGCUGCUUUGAAGAUCAAUUUACUUCUUAACUGUUUAUAUGGUGCUCCCCACCAGUGUGUUCAGGAACUGUACAACAGCCUGGAGAAGUCUGACUAUUAACAGCAGUUCCAUUUGUCUCAGUUUCCACUUCAAACUGGGGCUAAGCCCCCAUUUAAUGGGGAAGAGGAUUCACAUCUGCCUCAGAGUUCUUACUUUGGAGCUCUUUCUAUUGACUAUGCAGAGGACUUUUGCUCCUCUGAAAUACCUAAAAGUUCCAUUGCAAAUGAACAAUCUCCAGAGCUAGUUGCCUCAGUGCAGGUGAUAGUUUCUGUGCCAUGGUUGGAUUCAACCCAGAUUUCUGUCAGUAAUCCCAACAGGAUAAAGAGCCUUUCUACAUGGUAUAGGAAAUUGUGCAUUUUAAACUGAGCCACGCUUUUUUACUAAAAAAAAAAAAAAAGUUGAAAAAAUAUUCAUAAGCCAUAAAUUAGGGCUUAUUUGUUUGGAUUUAUUU